CAGAACACCUGAAGAAGCCACUCGAAGACUACAUGGCCCUUUUCCCCAGCGUGAGGAUUCUCCGAACCAAGAAACGGGAAGGACUGAUCAGGACCCGGAUGCUGGGAGCCUCAGCUGCAACUGGGGAUGUCAUCACAUUCUUGGACUCACACUGUGAAGCCAAUGUCAACUGGCUCCCCCCCUUGCUCGACCGCAUCGCUCGGAACCGCAAGACCAUCGUGUGCCCAAUGAUCGAUGUGAUUGACCACGAUGACUUCCGGUACGAGACGCAGGCGGGGGAUGCCAUGCGGGGUGCCUUUGACUGGGAGAUGUACUAUAAGCGGAUCCCCAUCCCUCCAGAACUGCAGAAAGCUGACCCCAGCGACCCAUUUGAGUCUCCCGUGAUGGCCGGUGGACUGUUCGCCGUGGAUCGGAAGUGGUUCUGGGAGCUGGGCGGGUAUGACCCAGGCUUGGAGAUCUGGGGAGGGGAGCAGUACGAGAUCUCAUUCAAGGUGUGGAUGUGUGGAGGUCGCAUGGAGGACAUUCCCUGCUCCAGGGUGGGCCAUAUCUACAGGAAGUACGUGCCCUACAAGGUGCCUGCUGGAGUCAGCCUGGCCCGGAAUCUGAAGCGAGUGGCGGAGGUGUGGAUGGACGAGUACGCGGAGCACAUCUACCAGCGCCGCCCAGAGUACCGACACCUCUCCGCUGGGGACGUGACUGCCCAGAAGAAGCUCCGUAGCUCCCUGAACUGCAAGAGUUUCAAGUGGUUUAUGACCAAGAUCGCCUGGGAUCUGCCCCAAUUCUACCCACCCGUGGAGCCCCCGGCCGCAGCCUGGGGUGAGAUCCGCAAUGUGGGCACAGGGCUGUGCGCAGACACGAAGCACGGGGCCCUGGGCUCCCCACUGAGGCUGGAGAGCUGCAUCCGGGGCCGCGGGGAGGCCGCCUGGAACAACAUGCAGGUGUUCACCUUCACCUGGAGAGAGGACAUCCGGCCCGGAGACCCCCAGCACACCAAGAAGUUCUGCUUCGAUGCCGUCUCCCACACCAGCCCCGUCACCCUCUACGACUGCCACAGCAUGAAGGGCAACCAGCUCUGGAAGUACCGCAAAGACCAGACCCUCUACCACCCCGUCAGUGGCAGUUGCAUGGACUGCAGUGAAAGUGACCACAGGAUCUUCAUGAACACCUGCAACCCCUCCUCUCCCACCCAGCAGUGGCUGUUUGAACACACCAACUCCACAGUCUUGGAAAAAUUCAAUAGCAACUGAAGCUAUUGAGCCCUGAACUAUGAGCCCUCACGUUCCCGCAGUGAGCCAGGCAGGGUCCCCUCCAGCACUCCCUGCAGCCUCCCUCUCCGGAGGAAGGCAGGGCUCCCAGGGCUCCCCCAUUCUGUACAAGGUGCUGGCCAGCCAGGUCAUGGCAGAGGGGGCUCUUGAAGCUGGGCUGGGUGUCUGCCCAGCCCUGCAGGCCCCAAGUGGCGGAGGCAUGGAGAACAGACCCCACGAGAGGCCCCACUCCAGAGCAGAGCCCGCUGCACCCCUGGCGGUGACGUGGAAACCCAGGAGAGCCCUUUCACCCCGUCUUCAUGUUCCCUUGAGCGGUACACGGGAGGAAUGCCAGGAUAGCCCUCGGGCACCCAAAACACAAUCCUCCAAGGCUGCCUGAGCUUCAGCUGGCUCAUCCAUGAUGGUCCUGUAGCGAGAGAGAGGCAAGUUGUGUCUGUAGGCGCCAACUUUAAGCAACAGUGCCACUCAUCAGCAGCAGAAGGGCAAGAGUCUUUCUCGGGGCCAUUGGUUUCAGCCUUUUCAUUUUGGCCCCAGCUUGGGAUAACUGCAGUUACUCCCCAGCAUCUGUUCUCUGUCAUGACCCAAGGAGAUGCAGUUAGAAGCCGUGCCUGGGGCCCUCCGAGUUCAGUACUGACCGCCGGCCAGCUGUCAGGCCUGGGGCAGAAGUGUGGUCCUCCUUUGCCACCAUGGACAGCCCGGGCAUCUCCCCUGGCUCUCGGGGUGCUCAAGAUGCCCAUUUCAGUGCUCUCCAGGCUCGAGGACAGUCCGGCCACCAGCUCUUCAGGACUGGGUUUCAGAUGGCCUUGAGUCUGUGGCGUAGGCAUAGUAGAAGACCUCCAAACUAGAAAUUCUGCUUGAAUUUUCCCCAUCAGCGCUUCCGUCUCUCUCUCUCUCUCCCUUCCUCUCCCUCCCUCAGGCAACUGCCUGCCUCAACAGGAGCAGAGGUGUGACGUGCUGGCCUCACAAAGUCCGGAGGCCGCCGAGGUGGACCGCAGGCCGGUUGCCUAGCCCCAACUCAUUGUGGGUUUGGUUCUCAUUUGGAAUUCUAGAAUUUUUAAAGAACUCUGUACUUGGGUCACCAACUAGAGUGCCACAUAGGAUUCUGGUAUUUUAGCAUCCAGUAUGGAUUUCUGGAAUGCUGUGAUUGAAGGAGCCAGUCAACUGUAAAACCUUCAAGGCAGCCCCUAGCCUAGAAACAACCUGUGAAGUCCAAGUGAGUGCUAUACCUUUUGGCAGUAACCCUCUUUAGGAAGGAGUCAAAAGAUGCGGCCCCUUCCAGAAUCUCGGAAAGCAAGAGUGUUGCAAUUUGGGAGAAUUGAGGUAGGAUUCAUCAUCAGAAGUAAUGCAGUGAUAUUAAAAUGAAAACUGUGCCUUUUAAAAAGAAAAACAUGCAAACGUACAGCCAAUCCCUAAACUUGAAUCAUUUUCUAGUGCCUUGCUAGAUGUAAGGGGGCAGGGUUGGGGGGGUGGGGUACAUUUUUGGUGAUGUGUGCAAUCCCUGUUGGAUGAGUGUGUGUUUCCUAAUGUCUGAUUUCAAGCAGGAGGCGUUGGGCCUAGAGCAGUAUCUGAAACAGCAAUGCCCCACAAGGGCCGGAGGGCCAGGUGUUAUUCCAUUCAAUGCGAGUAACACCCUGAAUUUAAAGGCAACUGGAUGGCUCUUUUAAUCCAUGGCCAAGAAGGGUCUCAGCCACCCCUGGGAGAGGGGCCUGUUUGGAAGCCACGUCUGCAGCCCCCAUCCCACCCCCAGCGAUUAGAUUUGCAAUAGGUCCCACUCCAGCAGGUGACAGUGUUCUCGGCAAGACCAGGACGCAUGUGGAAAGCGGGAGCAAGCAGUCUUCAUGUGUCCUCUUUUCUAUCCUUUGGUUCUCCUUUUGAGGCUGGUUUUGCACCCUCAACAAGGGAUGGGUAGAUCCUCUGAGCACUCGGACAUUUGCAAUUGCUGAACCCACAUCUGUGGGUGCCAAGACUUGACAUAGCUUGUAAUCAGGGAAGAAAGGAGAGAAGUCCAUUCAUUAACAGACCAACCAUUCGCACAUAAUAGCCAUUCACUGUUGUGUCUUCAUUUUGGAAAACCACCUGUCUCAAGGAUCUGUGAGACUGUGGAGGUGCUGUCAGCCAGGUGAUGGUGAGAAUGUGGACUCCUUCUCCUCUAAAGCCUUUCUUCUGAGCAUGAGGUCACAAAACAGGGUGUGCCUACAAAGUAUCACACCUGUGUGGCCCCCAGCAGCCUUUCCAAAGGGGGACUACAGGAACAUUUCAGAAUGCAAAGAGCAUCUUCCCAAAAUAGAUGAUGUCCUUGAAGAUGGCUCCAUAUUUUUGGGUAUGCAUCUCUAUAUUUCUAAUCUCUGAAGUUUCAAAGGAGCCGCAAAGCACUUUACAGAAGUAACUGAGAAAUCUGGACACCUUGCUUCAGAGAUCCCUGGUUUGCACAAGACUGGGUGAUCUCUGUCAUUCUUAGGAGGCAGUGCAACUUUGAUUAAGUUUUCUGAGGAUUUCUAAGUAUGGGAGAAGGGCAAGGAGUGGGUCCUGUCCUGGAAUUCUUUUCUGCUUUCAACUGAUGCUUUUUUAAAAAAUUCAAGUAAUAAUUUAGUUCUAACUAGAUCUUGUGCCAAAGCCCACUGUCACCUCUGGGGUGGGAGUUGCACCUACAUUCCAAGUGACAAGGUCCUCUUAAUGUCUGCUCUCAAAAUGUCUUUUGAUUCAGCUGUGCCGGCCCACAGAGCUGGGUUCCUGCUGUGUUUCAGACUUGAAGGAGGAUCCCAGAGGGAUUACACGCAGGGAAUAUCUGAGAGGUCAGAUGUGGGAUUCCAUAGAGAAAGCUUGAGACCACCAGCCUCUCAUCUCCUGCCUGGAAAAGUGAGCCUUUGUGAAGACCUGACUUACCAUGUACAACUGUGAUUGUGACUGUUGUUGAGUAAACCUCCAGACUUUUCUCUAA